CGCCCGCGCGCCCCGGCGGGGCCAUGCCGGGGCUGCGCCGGGACCGCCUGCUGACCCUGCUGCUGCUGGGCGCGCUGCUCUCCGCCGACCUCUACUUCCACCUCUGGCCCCAGGUGCGGCGCCAGCUGCGGCCCCGGGAGCACCCGCGGGGCUGCCCGUGCGCCCGCCGCGCCUCGUCCCCCGCGCCGGACUCCGCCGCCGCCUCCCCGGCCCCCCGCGCGGCCGCGCGCAACUUUUCCCGAGCCGGGCCCGGGACUGAGCGGCACGGCGGCCGCGGCUCCAAGCUGCAGGCCCUCUUCGCCCACCCGCUGUACCGCGUCCCGGAGGAGCCGCCGCUCCUCGGGCCCGAGGACUCGCUCCUGGCCAGCCAGGAGGCGCUGCGGUACUACCGGAGGAAGGUGGCCCGCUGGAACAGACGACACAAGAUGUACAAAGAGCAGUUCAACCUCACCUCCCUGGACACUCCACUGCAGCUCCGACUCGAGGCCAGCUGGGUCCAGUUCCACCUGGGGAUCAGCCGCCACGGGCUGUACUCCCGGUCCAGUCCUGUCAUCAGCCAACUCCUCCAGGACAUGAGGCGCUUUCCCACCAUCAGUGCUGAUUACAGUCAGGACGAGAAGGCCUUGCUUGGGGCAUGUGACUGCACCCAGAUUGUGAAACCCAGCGGGGUCCACCUCAAGCUGGUUCUGAGGUUCUCAGACUUCGGGAAGGCCAUGUUCAAACCCAUGAGACAGCAGCGAGAUGAAGAGACACCUGCGGACUUCUUCUACUUCAUCGACUUUCAGAGACACAAUGCCGAGAUCGCAGCUUUCCACCUGGACAGGAUUCUGGACUUCCGACGGGUGCCACCCACAGUGGGGAGGCUAGUCAAUGUCACCAAGGAAAUCCUAGAGGUCACCAAGAAUGAAAUCCUGCAGAGUGUUUUCUUCGUCUCUCCAGCCAGCAACGUGUGUUUCUUUGCCAAGUGCCCAUACAUGUGCAAGACCGAAUACGCCGUGUGUGGCAACCCGCACCUGCUGGAAGGCUCCCUCUCCGCGUUCCUGCCUUCUCUCAACCUGGCCCCCAGGCUGUCGGUGCCCAACCCCUGGAUCCGCUCCUACUCGCUGGCAGGAAAAGAGGAGUGGGAGGUCAAUCCGCUUUACUGUGACACCGUGAAGCAGAUCUACCCAUACAACAGUAGCAGCCGUCUCCUCAACAUCAUCGACAUGGCCAUCUUCGACUUCCUGAUAGGAAAUAUGGACCGGCAUCAUUAUGAGAUGUUCACCAAAUUUGGGGACGAUGGGUUCCUCAUUCACCUUGACAAUGCCAGAGGGUUUGGACGACACUCCCAGGACGAACUCUCCAUCCUGUCGCCGCUGUCCCAGUGUUGCAGGAUAAAAAAGAAAACGCUUUUGCACCUGCAGCUGCUGGCCCGGGCCGACUACAGACUCAGUGACGUGAUGCGGGAGUCUUUGCUAGAAGACCAGCUCAGCCCCAUCCUCACCGAGCCCCACCUCCUGGCCCUGGACCGGAGACUCCAAAUCAUCCUACAGACAGUGGAGGGGUGCGUGGAGGCCCACGGAGAGCAGAGUGUCAUAGCCACCGACCCAGCAGAACAGUCCGCCCCAGACUCUAGCCAGGCUAACUUGACAAGCUAAGGGCUGGAUGAAGCCAGAUUUCAGGAACUACCCCUGGAGCCAGAGGUGGACUUGGGAGCGGACCACUGCUUCCUCGCAUCCCCGUCAAGGCUGGUGGGGCUGGGUCAUGAGCUCUGAAAGAGGUAGGGCACUGGGAUGAUUCCACAAGAGCAAAAGAGGAGGGAUCCACUGAACUUUCUUCCUUGGUGCACGGCUUCUCUAGUGGACCUCCUUGGCCCCGCCCUUCCCAGAAAGCACUGCUUCAGCAAGGCCACAGACCAUCUCCUGAGCCCACUGGGAAAUCUGGAUUAGGAGUCGGGCUUGGAAGGUUUGGGAGCCUUGUCCCAGGAAAGAGUAGAACAAAUAAAAUUAAAGGACAC